AUGUCAGAGAGUCCCAGCUUUCCUCCGGGUCUGACCACAAAACCCGACUCUAAAGAAGCCGCAGCCAGAGAUAGCGAGGUUGAAAAUGGGCCCAGCAAUGCUGCUUAUCGCCCCUCCAAAUGGCAGAGCAACGUCACCCUCGUGAGCUGUUACAUUGCCAAUUUCAGUGAUGGGUAUCAGAACGGACUGGCGAACCCUACCAAUGUCAUCUUCAAGAAGCUGCUUGGGCGUUCAGGAUACCCUUCAGACAUGCAGACGCGAAUCAGUAACUCGCUGCUCAUAGGUGCUAUUCUGGGUAUCCUCGCCUUUGGCUAUGUUGCUGAUAUGAUGUCGCGGCGCGCUGGUCUACUUUUCACUUCUUUCCUGGUCACUAUCGCAACAUUGGUGGCUACUCUAGCACUGCAGGUACCCAGGUCAAAUAUGCUGUGGUUCUUCGUUAUUGUCCGCGGUAUUUGUGGCUUUGGGGUUGGUGGUGAAUAUCCCCCCAGUGCAGCAGCUGGCUUAGAAGAAUCCCACGAUUUUAUUCCUCGCUACCGAGGACCCAUCUUUGUUUCCUUCACGACACUAAUGGCCACAUUGGCUUCACCUAUCCUGAUGAUCAUAUACCUGAUCUGUCUCAAAGCCAGCGACAACAAUCUCACUAUUACCUUCCAUGCCAUCUACUCUAUUGCAACGGUUAUACCGGCCAUAGUCAUGAUUCUACGAUUCUUCAUGGUUGAUUCAACCUUGUAUCAUUACUCCAAUUUCAAAACCCAGAAAAAGAAACCACUCCGGUUCUAUUGGCUUUUGGUGCGCCGAUACUGGUUCCGGCUAUUCACGACAUCACUGGCUUUUUUCCUGUAUGACUUUAUCAACUUCCCCAAUAGCAUCAUGUCCAGCACUAUCAUCUCUUCUCUAGUCAAAGAUGGGAAUUUACAAACGACCGCCGUCUGGCAAGUCAUUUUGGCCGUUCUGCCCGUGCCUGGCGUGGUAAUUGGUGCUUGGCUUACAAAUGUCCUCGGUCGACGCUAUACUGGCAUGCUUGGGUUUGGCGGAUAUGUGGUUCUGGGCUUCAUCAUCGGAGGCACAUACCCCAAACUGUCAGAGCAUAUUGCUGCCUUUGUGGUUCUCUACGGCCUGCUGCAAGCUUUCGGCCACAUGGGCCCUGGCGCAACCAUUGGCUUGAUCUGUUCCGAAACUUUCCCGACCGCGAUGAGGGGGAUGGGUUAUAGCAUCGCUACUGCCUUUGGCCGAGCUGGAGCAGCUAUUGGAACUCAAUGCUUUACACCACUGGAGGAAGCUGCUGGGAAAAGAUCCACUUUCUAUCUUGUCGGUGGUGUCGCUGUUUUGGGUAUGAUUGUGUAUUGGUUUCUGCCGGAAAGCGGAGAUAUCGACCUGGAGAAAGAGGACAAGGAACUGAAGCAAUAUAUGGCUGAGCAUGGAUUCGGCGAGAAAAGUUAG